GGCGGGAGCUCGGGAGGCGGGGGCGGGAGGCGGGAGGUGGCGGCGGCGCGCGCGGAGACGCAGCAGUGGCAGCGGCAGCAUGUCCGCCGGCGGAGCGCCAGUCCCGCCGCCCCCGAAUCCCGCCGUGUCCUUCCCGGCGCCCCGGGUCACCCUGCCCGCCGGCCCCAACAUCCUGCGGACCUACUCGGGCGCCUUCGUCUGCCUGGAGAUCCUAUUUGGGGGACUCGUCUGGAUUUUGGUGGCCUCCUCCAACGUUCCUCUACCUCUGCUUCAAGGAUGGGUCAUGUUUGUGUCUGUGACAGCUUUUUUAUUUUCCCUCCUCUUCCUGGGUGUGUUCCUCUCUGGCAUGGUGACUCAAAUUGAUGCCAACUGGAACUUCCUGGAUUUUGCCUACCAUUUCACAGUGUUUGUCUUCUACUUUGGAGCCUUCUUAUUGGAAGCAGCAGCCACAUCCCUGCACGACCUGCAUUGCAAUGCAACAACAACUGUAGAGCCACUUUUCAGUGAUAACCAGUAUAACAUAAAUGUAGCAGCCACAAUUUUUGCCUUUGUGACAACAGCUUGUUAUGGUUGCAGUUUGGGUCUGGCUUUACGAAGAUGGCGACCAUAACACUCCUUAGACACUAACCGUCCGUGCGUUGGUUUCCUUCGUGUGCUUUAUAUUCUUGGUCAAUUUGGAUACUAUGUUGUCCAGCUAUAACAACAUUCUAAAAGUUAUAUAGAGAGAGAAUCCAAGUGCAAGUUUGGAUUAAAAGUGCAGACAGAAUCUGAAUUUUAAUAUGAUGUUAAAUAAAGAAAUAGUCUUUCAUCUCACUUUUUAGUUCUAUAUCUUUCUUUUUCUUUUUUAUUUUUUCAGAAAAUUGCCUUUAAAGCCAUAAAAUAAGGAGAUAUGAUUCAUGAAAAUGUCAUAUUCUUUCUCUUUGGUUACUGAGUCACUCAAACCUUAAUUUUAAAAGGUAACCAAAAUUACCUAAAAAAAAAAAACACACUUUAAGCAGGCUUAAAAAAAUAGGAGUCAGCACACUUUUUUUCUAAUGGGCCAGAUGAUAAAUGUUUUAGAGUUUAUAGACCAUGCAAGCUCUGUCACAACUACUCAACUCUGUCAUUGCAGCAUGAAAACAGCCAUAGGCAGCAUGUAAACAAAGAGUGAUCAUGGCUGUGCUCCAGUAAAACUUUAUGUAUAAAAACAGGUGGCAGGCUGGAUUUGACCCACGGACUGUAAUUUGCCAGCGUCUGGUGUAAAACCUUAGGUAUGUGUUCUGUAUUUUAUUGAACUGAUCAUGAAAGGUAGGAAACUAAUAAAAUGAGCCAUGCAAUAGUCUCAUUAUGCAAUAGUCAAAUUUCCUUUGUAUUAAGCGGUCAAAUAUUUACAUUUAGAGGAGCAUAUCAUCUCUCAAGAUACUUCAAGCAUAGACUUGAAUAAAGGAAAAAGUAUGUUGUAAAGUGAGCCCUAGUUGCCUAAUCAAACUAAUGGUCUCCUAACAACUGAA